UAUUCCGGCGUAAGUCUGACUAUCCGGAAAUGGCCAGGAAUUCGUAUCAUUCAUGUGUCCGGGUCGGGAAUUGGUACGAAAAUAAGCUGAUGGAAGAGGAUUUACAAAAGCACAUCGAGAGAUCACGGAGCGCGGAAAGAAAUUUCGAAGAGUUACUUGCUUCUCUACUCGAGGAGGGCGAGGUGUCCGUGUGUCCCGAUGGCCUCCUACACUUCGGGGACACUGUCAUCAUUCACGCCCCUGUUGUGCAGCCGAGGAAAGGUUCCCCCGUGGAGUCCUUCCCCUGCACACUCCAGGCGACGCCCUCCAAGGCCGCACUCCUGAAGAACGUGUACCAUGAGGUUCCGAUCACGGCGCACUCUCAGCACCACAGGCCGAUCCUCAAGAACGUCUUCACGAUCUUGCCACGCACCUCCGCUCACCCGAUGGGCAGCGAACUCACCUACGGCGCCCCCUUCAACCUGGUGCACAUCACCCCCAGCAGACAGCGACUCUACGUGACUUCCCCGGUGGGUUCGGCGCUCCACUCCGGCCGGGAGAGUCGACGGCAGGAGGUUCUGCUGCAGGACGAGGAGAGCGCUCACUCCGCCUGGCGUCUGCAGCCCAGCGACCCCGCCCUCAGGCUCACCUACGAGGGGCAGCCAGUCGAGGUCGGAGCUCGCGUGCGUAUCUUGCAGACGAUGACGAACCAGCCGCUCGUUGUCGAGGAGGAGUUUUCCUCGAAGACAAUCUAUGGCACGGAACAGCAAGUGAGCGUGGGCGUGGUGAAUCGAGCGACCACCCGGGCCGCCCACGUCCUCUGCCUCCUCACCUGGACAAGGAGGACGCCCACGCAGGAGGAAAUGGAGCACGAACAAGCCAGGAAGCAACGUGAAGAGGAGGACGUGCUGCAGGAAGAGAGGGAGAGGCAAAGGAGGGAAUUGGAAGAGGAGGAAGAGAGGAGGAGAGAAGCGGAGAGAGAAUUGGAGGAAAAGACGCAAGGGAUGAGGCUCGUGUUGGAUAAGGAUGACAUCAAGAUCAUAUCAGAAAAUUCACUAAAGGUACAUCACAGUCAGAGAGUGAUAUUUGUAAAUGAAGUUAUGUUUGUGGUGAAGGUGUAG